UUCGGAGAUGACACAGUGGAUUUGAGCCAUGUUCCGCCGAAUCGUGACGUCCCGCGCGGCGUGUGCACAGCGCACGUUCGCGACGGCUAAGACGAAGAAGGCUGCGUCGGACCGACCAGCCAAGAGCGCCAAGUUCAAGUCCGUGUCGAAGAAGAACGAGAAGGGCAACGAUUCGGGCAAGUACGACGUCAUGUUACGUGCUCUCAAGGGCCGGGAACCCGAGCCGUACGAGUGGACAGAAGAAGAAAAACGCGAGCACUUUGAAAUUGGUCGCACGUACAACAGAAUGACGACAGUGCGCCACAACGAAUUGAUGAAGGAUCUGCAAAUGAAGAUCAACCUGAAAUGGGAAGCGAUCAACGCCCUGCCGACCGACGAACUGCGCCAGGAAGCGUUGGUCGAAGACUUCUCCAUGGUCACCAACCGACGAGGGUUCCCCACGUGGACGCCGCCGAUUCCCGGCUUCAAGCGAUUCCGCGAAGAGUAAACAGUAAUAUAGACGCAAGUGUUCAUCCACCGCCAACAA